UUUUAAUCGUUGUAGAGUAAAGUUAUAAAUAAAAUUUUAAGAAAAAUAAUUAAAAUAUGAUUUCCAGUAAAAUAAUUUGUGCACUUGCUAUUAUUAGCUUCUGCUGUAUAUCUAUGAGUUUUUCACUUAAUUGUUACUUUUGUGUAAACAAGAACGACUGCCAAAAACCAAAAACACACCAGUGCAAUCAGGUAACCGCGAAUCAGACCAGACAAUAUAUAGGCAUUCAUCACACAAACGUUAACCAGAAUGUAACCAGCCCAUAUUUUGAAUGUUGGACUGAAACUAUUAAUUCAAACAGCGGCGAAUUUAAAUACAAAGGAUGCACUUACACCAAUGUCAGGGGUUGUGAAUACCAAUUGCAAAGUUAUCACGCAAACAACCUAAAGAACUACAAGUGCAAUCAAUGCAGCAAGGAUAAAUGCAAUUUUGCAGUACGUGCUAACGUAAACACAGUUACACUGGGUGCGGCUCUUCUCCUUCUAGCAGUAGGAAAAUAUGUUUGGAACCAUUAAGUAAAGAAAUAGUCUAAUAAAAGGUUUUAUUUAUGUAAAU